AUGGCACAAGCUCUACCAGAACUCCCAGAUUGGGAGCAGAUCAGCACGAAUAUCGUCCGCAUCCUGGGCGGGAAUCCAAGCAAGUUCACCCUGCAAGGCACAAAUACAUAUCUGCUCGGGACGGGACCCCGUCGCAUACUAAUCGACACGGGCGCGGGCGAGAAGAAAUGGAUCGAGACGCUACGAACCGUGCUGACCGCUCAAGAGACACCCAUCAGUAUCUCGACGUGUCUACUGACGCACUGGCACCACGACCACCUGGGCGGGGUCAAGGACCUUGAGGAGCUGUGCGAAGAACUCAACCAGCCCGGGGAAGCGGUCAAGGUCUACAAGAACCAACCGACGUGGAACCCCGACGGACUGAUCGACCCUUCGCGCGUGCACGACAUCCAAGACGGCCAGACCUUUUCGACCCCUCUCGCGGAAACGUCGACGCCGUUUGAGAUCCAAGCCAUCCACACGCCAGGACACGCCAAAGACCACAUGGUCUUCCAGAUCACCUCGUCGCCAGACCCGACGGAGGUCGGGGCACUGUUCACGGCGGACAACGUGCUGGGCCACGGCACGGCCGUGUUUGAAGAUCUGCACCUGUACCUGCAGACGCUGGACCUGAUGAAGCGGCGGGUCGUCGACGCGGUGGCCGCGCAGAAAGCAUCCAGCGACAGCAACAUCAAACGAGCCUUCCCGGGCCACGGGGCCGUCAUCUCCGACGCCGUCGCCAAGAUCGACGAGUACGUCGCGCACCGACGCAUGCGCGAGGAAGAGGCCCUCAACGUGCUCAAACACGGGACGACGACGGUGCCCCACGGUGCGGAGCCGCUCGUGCACGACACCAUCACGCGGGUCGGCGACGGCGACGACGAGGACGUCAUCGGCGGCGGCGAGACCGUGCUGGGCAAGGAGUGGGAGAGCAUCGAGAUGGUCAAGGUCAUCUACCGCCACUACCCGGAGAACUUGUGGCAGCCGGCCGAGAAUGGCUUGUUGAUGGUGCUGGAGAAACUGCGCCGGGACGGCAAGGUCGUCAAGACGAAGGAGGGGAGGUGGCGGGUGAGUGAGAAGGCCAUUCUUUAG